AUGUUACCUAUAAAACUAAACCAAAUUACCACUGAAACUUCUAGCAUACUGAAUAAAGACAAUAAUGACCUUCAUCAAUCUGCCAUGAAUGAAUUCCAGUGGUUUUGCAAUGAUCUUAAAAGUCUUCUUAAUGAAAAUGACUCUACAUUAGAUAAAAGUAUAUGCAAGUUUAUCAAAGUUUAUAAGCAACAUUAUCUCUUAAAAGAUACUUAUAUUUGA